AUGGCGCAGAAACCCAUCAGCACUGAGGCUGCGCAGCGCAUGAACCUGGUGGCCCAGGACGAGCUCUGGAGAUACCGUCUGAAGGCCGAAACUGAAGCCAGGCAGAGCUGGGACCAGAAGUGGGGGUUUUUAAGAACUCCCCUUGCAGAGGUAACUGGAAACGAUGAGGAGCAGCAACCCCCAAAGCCCAAAAUUGAGCUGCCCAGCCAUUUCCGCAUCCGGCCAGUGACCCCCGUGGACAAAUACAUCAAGAUCCUGCCAUCCCCUCCGGUUCCUCAAACCACCCAGGGCUUCAUUGGCUGGCGGUCUGGGGUGCCAGGCCUGAACAGGAGCCUGGAGCACGACAGUGAGAUCCGCAGCUGUAAGGGGGCCUACGCCCACGAGCUGCACUGGCCCGAGCAGGGCGUCUACUAG